CUGGGUGUAGCGCAGCGGAGUAGCACACGGGAUUUGGACAGGGGGGCAUCUGGUUUUAGGAGAGUUUGAAGAGCGAAUACAGAGAUAUUAUGCUGCACCGUGGAGAGGCACAGGCACUGGUUGUUGUGGAGCUGACGGUUCUGCCAAGCAUCGGGAGGUUAUUAGGAGACAUGCUUCCGCUGUAGUUGAUGAUCUAAUAGAAAUCAGGCGGUUGUUCUAUGAGAGAAGCUUGUUUUUGUAUUGAACUGGAUACCGAACAGAGGAGCGAGAGCGAGCAACAAGUGGAAUCUGGUGUGGAGAGACUGAGAUUUCUCGCCAUCACCAGCUAUGGAAGAGCAGAAGGAGCCCAGCGGCGGCCGGGACUCGACCGAGGACGAGAGCAUGUCCCUGUCGCCGAACCUGCCAUCCCCUGCCAUGAUCCUACCCCAUCCGGCCGCCCAGCAGGCCCACAGAACCACGAACUUUUUCAUCGACAACAUCCUCCGGCCGGACUUCGGCUGCAGGAAGGAGCCGAGCUACCGCGAGCGGAGCCAGACGCCGGGCAGGGAGAACGUGAACCCGCUGGGAGCGAGGCCGCCGCACGCAGGGAGCCUCUGCCUGGACUCCAACUGCAGCAGCGACAGCGCCUCGUCCUCGCCCUCCUCGUCCUCCUCCACGUCCUCAUCACCCGCGUCCAAGCAGAGCUCGUCAAAACCAGGCGAGGCUGGCAGCAACGGGGCCGGCAGAUACGCAGACAGUCCAUCGUCGAUUAUGGUUAUGAGCGGCAGCAAUGGAGGCUCUCCGCCGGCAAAGGAGAGCCAGCCGCUGCUGUGGCCCGCUUGGGUGUACUGUACUCGGUACUCGGACCGGCCCUCAUCUGCUGGCCCAAGGACACGGAAAUUGAAAAAGAAGAAGAGCAGCAAGGAGGACAAGCGGCCCAGGACGGCGUUCACGGCCGAGCAGCUGCAGAGACUCAAAACCGAGUUCCAGGCCAACCGGUACAUAACGGAGCAGCGGCGGCAGUCCCUGGCCCAGGAACUGAACCUGAACGAGUCCCAGAUUAAAAUCUGGUUCCAGAAUAAGAGGGCCAAAAUCAAAAAGGCCAGCGGCUACAAGAAUGGCCUGGCGCUGCAGCUCAUGGCGCAGGGACUGUACAACCACUCAACGACCACCGUGCAGGAGGACAAGGAGGAGAGCGAGUGAGAGGCCCCCGGACACUUCCCUCACAGGGCUGCUGGGCUGGCUGACUCUGGACUCAUGGAGAUACAUAAAAACAGAACUGGAAGUGGGGGGAUCGCUAUUUAAAAACACAGAUUUCUGUUUAUGGUAACAAUAUAUGGACAUAAUUAUAUUAAAAAAUGAACAACCGUUAUUAAAAUUUAUAUAGCCAGACAGUUAUCAUGUUGUAUACAUUACUGCAUAUUGGAUUUCACACUCAUUUUCAAUCCACCAUUUUUUUUUCCUUAGGGAUGUCUGACUUUAUAGGUUGUCGUGCUCUCCUCGUCCUUCAUGUUUGCGCCAUACUUUCCUUCAACAAACCGGUCCACCGGACUCAGCCAAGCCAAAGAUUUUUACUAUGUUCACAUGUAGUCUGAAAUAAAACAGAAGAAAAGAGCAAGACAGAACAGACUAAUUUAGCCUUUUUAUUAUUUUAAUGAUUUUUGUUGUUAUAAUAACAUACAUUGAAUUUUGUCCCUAUUUUCUCCAACGACAACCUCAAACUUUAACCUAUGGUGUUAUUUAGUGUCAAACAUUUUUUAUUAUGAUUCUGAUUUUGAGAGAGGUCCUGUUGAGAAACAAAAGUGUACAAAACGCACACACACUUACACACACACAUGCUGUUAAGGUACAGUUCCUGUUUCCCUGCCUGCCUGGAUACCAUUUCACCCAUUAAACUAUUUUGGUCAUUUACAAGUUUUCCCAUUGCUGAUGCUGCUGCAGUUUCAUUCCAACCAGCUCCUUGCUGAGCGUAAACCUACUCAGUGUUCACCACAGAGGCCUUGUUCAUGUUAUCAUUGGAAUGAAAUGCAUAUUUGUGUGAUUUGGAUUUUUUUGUUGUUUCAGCUUGUUUGGGCCUGCCUGACCCCCUCAGGGUGAGGUUUAGAGGCUGGCUGUGAGCUGGCUGUAAACAUGGAGAGUGUGUGUGUGUGUUUGUGUGUGUGUGUGUGUGUUUCAGCUUCUGGGUGCUGUACUUUGGAGGUCGCUGGUAGCAGACGUACUUAACCCCACCCAGAAAAAUAUACCUGAAAACAGACAGAAAGCGGUCAAAAUGUUGCAAAGAAUUUUUUUUUAAAUAAUCCUGAUUUUGAGUAUCUUUGUUUAGAUUAAAUUUGAAAAGAUGAGACUGAUGAUAUCUGGGCUUCAAACAUUUUAAUUUUUGCUACAUUGAGACAAUGACCGGCCGAGCUCAGACAGCAGUAGAGAAGUGUGCGUGUCUGUCGAGUGUUUGCAGGAAACGUUGUGAGAUUAUGAAGAUAUUGUAGGUACUUCCUUUUAAAAGCCAAAUGAGAGAAAAACAGUGCUAAUAAAUCACUACGCCACAUUGAUGUACAUAAGACAAAAGUUGCGUCUUCUCAAUUGAAAACUGGGUUAGUAAUACAAUAAAUUCAGGCCGUAUCCUCAUAUGAAAACGUAAACACACAAGCUACUUUGUUUUUUGCCUUCUCUUUCAUAUCUAUUAUCUAGUUAAGCUUAUUCAGUUUUACUACAAGGAAAAAACAUUUUUAUGAAAACUACAUGACAGAAAUUUGGAUUAAAACUUCAAAUUAUCAACAUUCCCUUGGUCGCUACUUUAUCAUGUACAUUUUGGUAGUGCUGGGUUGGACUCUCAUUUGUCUUCAGAAUAAGCUUAAUUCUUUGUAGCAUAGAUUCAACUAAGUGCUACAAACAUUUCUGAGAAUUUGGUCCAUAUUAUCAUGAUCUGUCAGCUGCACUGGCAUGAUGGAUCCAUAUUUUCACGUGUUUUGUACCAAAUACCGACUACCAUCUGAAAGUCGCAGCUGAAUUCAAGAAUCAAACCAGUCAUUAUUUUUUCAAUCUUUGUUCACUUUUGGCAUGCUUGUCUAAACGGCAGCCUCAGUUUCCUGUUAUUAGCUGACAACAGCAGCACCUGUUCGUCUGCUGCUGUGGCCCAUCUGCUUCAAGGUUUGACCUCUUGUGCGUUCAGUGACGGUAUUCCACAUACCUUUUUACCAAAACGUUUCAGUAACUGUAGCUUUUCUAUCCUCUUAAACUUCGUGUGACAUCAAAGAGGCCAUUUUCAUCCACAAAAGUUUUCUCUUUUUGGACCAUUCUCUAUAAAUCUGAGAGAUAGUUGUGUGUGAAAAUCCAAACAAAUUGGCAAUUUCUGAAAUACUCAGACCAGUCUGUCUGGCAUCAACAACCAUGCAACCUUCACAGUCACUUAAAUCCACCUGAAUGUGACUGAGCUGAAAUAGUCAUAGAAAAUAGUCCUGUGAAGGACAUUUUGAGUCAUUUGGUGUUCCAUUCUCUUUAGCAAUGUGCCAUAUGUCGUGCAUUGUCGACAGAGUCAAGUGUUAAUGUGUUAGGGGCUUUGUUUCAACUAAAAAUAGAGGCAGUGAUUGUCUGAAAUGAAAUGGUCAUAAAAAACAUGUCCAUUGACACCCAAUGUUUGGAGAAAAGUGUGAAAUUAUGUUGAAAUUGUAUGUGCUUCAUUUAAAAAAAUCCAAAAUGAGAGAAAAACAGAUCUCAUGAAACCCCCUGCUGUUGAGGAAUGUGCCAUAAGUCUCAGACUGAUGUAAAUUAGACAUAAGUUGAGUUUUUAUAAUUAAAACUGGGUGAUUAUGUAGUUUAGCUUCUUCGGUUUUAGAAUUAGGGGAAAACUAACUUCUUCUUACAAAACCGUCUUCCUAAAGGUACAAAAAAAUGCCCCGAAGGUUAAGAUUGUUUAUCAAAAGUUUCUGCAUUCCAGUUGAAAAUGUAAAUAUGAAAACAUACCUAAAUAAGUCUAAUAGAAGCCACUUUGAGCAUUUUUAUGAAUAUGAAAUAACUCCAAUAGGUUGAUAUCAGGCUGACUACAACAUCACUGUCAGCACAUUCCUAACAUUUCUGCUUAUUACAUACUUUCAUUCAGCUGAUCUUGUACCAGUUUUAUUUAAUUAAGAGCAAACAAGGCUGUGAAGGGUCUACAGCAGAAGAGUUCAUGGCCUUUGCGUUUCAGGCUUUUUUAAUUAUUUGUGUUCUGAUCUUCCUCACAGAGCCGAGGGUUAACAAGCGCAUGCCGUGGAGGGUGGUUAUAAUUGAUUUCAGGGACAAGCAAAUAGUUCACAAAUAAGUUCCAUCCUAUUAUUUUAUUAAUUUAUCUUGAAACCUGUUUUAUAAUUUUUUCAUCCAUUCAUGACAAAGUGUAUGAACAAUCGGCAGACAUUAUAACAGUUUAACCUAAAAAAACAUAUUUGUUGAUGAUUUAUUUGUUAUAAUUUUAUUCAAUCUUUAUAUCCAGAAAGCAGUGCGUGUUUCUAGAUGAACCCAUAUUUGAUGUGGUGAACAUGCACUUUAAUAAACCUCAGCAUCCUUGCAGCAUCUCCUGCAGCCAAUGGAAACCUCUAGGGGUCCUUGAAGGAGUUGGGCCUAAUUUGAUAUCACUGUUCAGUAUCAUAUUUGAAUAUUCAUGGGCCUUAAUUUUACUUGGACACCAUCUAAUUUAUCCUGUACUUGCUUAUGUGUCACAAAACAAUAUCUUAUGAGUAAUAUUUAACAUUUUUUAUCAGGACAAGAAGAUCUAAUGUUAUUUUAAUGCACUUUCUAAUCUCUAGGAAUUAAAGGAAAGAAAGUUAUGUUUAGAAAACACACACACACACACACCUAAUUUGAUUCUGAAUGCAGUCUCUCUGGCCAUCUGGCCUGCAUGUGUGAACAGAGGUGGCGAGAGCGCCUCGUUCUUCACGGUCAGCUAACCCUGUAGCUCUAAUAUUAUCAUGAUAGUCCCAUUCCCCCGCUGUGAAUGCGGAAGAGGCUCUUAUGACAGUGUAGUUAAAAUUCAUACAAUUAUGAAACAGCGGGAGGAUUUCUCUGCCUCCGCCGCCCUCCCUCCCACCUUGUCAUUGAGGAAGCUCAGGGUUUAUCUGUAAAACAAAGAAAAGCCGGGGAUCGUUUGCAUAGUUAGCAUAGUCUGCCUCGCAGGCACAAUAUGGAUUUAAUUUAUAUGCAAAUGAAAGCAAUAAAAGGGAGAAUACACACUGGAAAUCUCCACUGUUUAAUAGGGAGGAAGAGUUGGAUUCAACGCAGGUAGCACACAUCCACAAAAUGAGGCAUGAAGAGCCUGGACUGAGAACAACAUAGUUAUAUAACAUGCAGAAAACAGCAGCAUAGCAGCACAAAGAGUCACAGCACAAUUCAAUAACAUUUACAAGGAAAUUAUGUGAAGAAAACAAAACCAAAUAGUCUGGACGCAGAAAACAUGUAUGGGGGACCUCUGAUGUUGUGAUGUCAAUUUACUACAAUAAUCUGUCAUUUUAGAUUUUUAAUAUACAUUCUGCCCUGUAAUAGUAGGGUAGGUUAGGGCACUGAAGAGUAAAAACAAAAACAUUUAUAAAAAAUAAGUGAAGAUGAAUAGAAAAAAAAUUUUGCAGUUCAGGGUUAAAAUUUCCUUAGAAAUAUGCUUAUUUAAAAAAAUUCUGCAUGGUAUACAAAUGCUAAACGCAUCAUAAUUAAACAAAAAAAAAAAAACAUCACAUCACAACUCCCGAGAAGCUGUGAAAUCCAGGAAUAGCCAUGGACUACACAGAAACUGUGGUUCCUGUUGGAGCUACAGAGACAGAGAGAAACGUACAAUAAAAUACUUAAGCAUGCAUGAAAAGGAAGGAAGACAGACACACACACACACACACAGAGGCAAGGACAAAGCCAUUUAAAAGAGCUUCUUAGAUCACCACCCUGAGACGAUGGAGGUGCAGUGUUGAGCAUUUUGGAGCAAUUCGUUCCAAGCUUUAGAAGUAAAGGGAGACAAAGAUAGAAGCCUUUCAUGUGUGUCCUUUUUCGUAAAUGACUUUAAAAGCUGAACCUUUCUCCAUCUGAAUCAUGAAUACUGACACACAACAGACAUUCAGCAGAAAAGUCUUUAGCUAUAUUUCCCCUUCAAAUAUUUCCAACCAAUUAAGUGUUUUUGAAUGAGAUGUGGCAGUUUUUUAUUUCAAAUGCGCCACAUGUGAUUGUGUAAGGACAUAAAAAUUACUGCAAUCAAGUGAAAACCAGGGAUAAUUUAAGCUUUUCAAUUUAAGAGAAGAACUCCGUCUUAAAUGUGCAGCACUCAAAACAAUGGACAAUCUCAAAGAAUAUACAAUAGGAAUAUUAUAUUGUAGGACGACUGACUUUGAAUUAAAAGAAAAAAAAAAAAAGCAAGCAUUUUUUUCUCUUACCCAAUAAUACAGUUAGUAUGUUAUGUAAUUACAUUACCUUGCCUAUAUCAGUAUUUAAAUCAUCAUGGUAACUAAACCUGAAAUUCCUAUCUUCAAACACACUUAAUAAAUAUAUUUAUAAGCAUAGUUUCUAGCUGGUCAGAACAUGACAUUAUCAUUGCUAACGAGUUAGCAUUACCUUUAGCAAGACUUAUAGCCGGGUUUUUAUUAAUUUUGAAAGAAACACAUUGUUACGUUUAAUUUUAACAAAUAACAUAUUAGUUUAUCAACAAUUAUAUUUUAUCGAGAACAAUUAGGCACACAUUGGGAAGUAAUUUUCCUUUUUAGCUAAAGAUAAAUAUGGUUUUGGCUAGAUCUGGUAGUUUUUAAAGAGUUAGCUCAUUUAGUUUUCUAGCUUGCUUAAUAUAUGUAUUUUGACAUGCUUUAUCAUAAAAAUCAUUGAAUUCUCAUGUGUCAGUCUAGUUUAGGUUUUUAUAGCUAAAGAGAUCAAAAUUGAAGGAAAUAACUUAACAAAGCUCAUGCUGUAAAAAGGACUAGUAUGGACUGUCAAGGUGUCAUAAACAGUUGUCAUGAGGUCAGGCUACAUUUGAGGACACUUGGCUUACAAAGACACAGCAAGAAUGAUUUUCAGUUUGAGCUUCAUUUUGUGUGGGUGCUUUUUUGCUUGAAGAGUACACAGAUCGCUUCUCACCACGGGGGAAAUUUACUCUUGGCUUAUUGUGGCCUGUCAACGGCACCACACUAUCUCGGAGCGACACACACAAAUGGACAAAGGUGGCAUUGAAAGGGAACCUCCCACAAUGCAGCUGAGCGUCCAGGGGGGCUCUCUGCUCCAACAGCCAUGAUCUCACCGCGCUAAAUCCAGAUUACAUGGGGGAUAUACACAGCGCCACUUGUUUACACUGCCCAUCAGGGGGUGAUUUGAGCAGAGGCUGGGGGCAUCGGGCAUUGAUAACACUGUAAGUAACUAGUUUAUGACAAAGUUACUGUCAAUUGUCAAGUCCGAUUUUUAGUUUGUUUGGAGGUUUUUUUUAAUUUACAUAUCAAAUUUGGGAAAAAUGCAAUGAAUAGACUACAUUUAAAAAUAUUUUUACUGCUGAUACUAGUUUUAUCAUAAAACCAAAUGGACAUUUCAAUUAAACAUUGUUUUUCAUGAUCCUACAUCCAUAAACUUCCAUUUUACAGGCCAUACUAUUACAGAAUAAGACUAAAUCAGCGCAAAAAGUUACAUUUAAAUUUGACCUACAUUAGGCGAAAAUCAACAUCCUUUCAAAAACAAGUUCAUUCCAAAGCUGCAGAAAUAGACAAACUAAUUAAAAUGUCCCAUUUGUAAACAAAGUGUAUAUUUCUCAUAUACAUGCUAAUAAAUACAUAUUUUACUCUU